GCUCCCCAGCGCUGCGCGGGCCCGGGUCACAGCCGCCUGCGGGAAGCUAGUAUCUGGAAACCGAGCGGGAGCGCGGACUGGGCCGGGCUGGGCUGCGCGCACUGACUCAGCCGCUGCUUCUGACAGUGAGUCCGGUCGCUGGAGGCGCGGAGCGGGUCGGGCGCGGGAUCAGGAUCGCGAUAUUGGGGAGCCCCGGGGCGACAGCACGCGGGGCGGAGAUGGCACGAUCGCGACGUAGGGGAGCCUCAGAACCCGAGACCGGAGGGGUGUUCGGAAACCCGAUUUUGAGGAACCAGAGCCCAGUUGCGGGUUGUCAGUGCCCGGCUGUUGGGGGCUUCUAGAAUCGCAACCCCGAGGACGAGGCGGCGGGUCAGGACCCCGAAGUUGGGGAGUCUCGGAGCCGGAGCCUGGAAAGCUGAGGAAUCAGGACCACGACGUUGGGGAUCUCCGGUUGCAUCCCCGCAUCGUGCCGUGCUUGGAAACCAUGACGACUGCCAUCUUGGAGCACCUGAGCACCCUGUCUGUUAGUGGGCAGCAGCUGCGCCGCCUGCCCAAGAUCCUGGAGAAUGGGCUGCCCAAGAUGCCGUGCACCGUCCCCGAGACAGAUGUGCCCCAGCUGUUCCGGGAGCCUUAUAUCCACACCGGCUACCGCCCCACAGGGCACCGGUGGCGCUACUACUUCUUCAGCCUCUUUCAGAAACACAACGAGGUGGUCAACGUCUGGACCCACUUGUUGGCGGCUCUGGCCGUCCUCUUGCGAUUCUGGGCCUUUGCCGAGGCCGAGGCCUUGCCGUGGGCCUCCACCAACACCCUGCCCCUGCUCCUCUAUGUCCUGUCCUCCAUCACUUACCUCACGUUCAGCGUUCUGGCCCACCUGCUGCAGUCCAAGUCAGAGCUCUCCCAUUACACUUUCUACUUCGUGGACUACAUUGGCGUGAGUGUUUACCAGUACGGCAGUGCCUUGGUUCACUUCUUCUACACCUCUGACCAGGCCUGGUACGAGCGUUUCUGGCUUUUCUUCUUGCCAGCAGCUGCCUUCUGUGGCUGGUUAUCUUGCGCCGGCUGUUGCUACGCCAAGUAUCGCUACCAGAGGCCUUACCCAGUCAUGAAGAAGAUCUGUCAAGUGGUGCCCUCGGGGCUGGCCUUCAUUCUAGACAUCAGCCCGGUGGCGCACCGAGUGGCCCUGUGCCACCUGGCUGGCUGCCAGGAGCAGGCGGCCUGGUACCACACCCUCCAGAUCCUCUUCUUCCUGGUCAGCGCCUACUUCUUCUCUUGCCCGGUUCCUGAGAAGUACUUCCCGGGUUCCUGUGACAUUGUGGGCCACGGGCAUCAGCUCUUCCACGUGUUCCUGUCCAUCUGCACGCUCUCCCAGCUGGAGGCCAUCCUCCUGGACUACCAGGGGCGGCAGGAAAUCUUCCGCGAGCGCCACAGCGCCCUCUCUGUCUACAUGGCCUGUCUGUCUUUCUUCUUGUUGACCGCCUGCAGCACUGCCACGGCAGCCCUCUUGCGGCACAAAGUCAAGGCCAGACUGAUGAAGAAAGAUUCCUGAGGCUGGCAAGGCGGGGGCGAGGUGUGGAGGCACCCCAUUGUGACUGGAGGGAAAUGCGAUGAAAAAAAAAAAAAUUCAGAGUCGCCUUAUUGUUUUUAAGAGUUGACUUCUCAAUUAAAAUGCAUUUCCAAGGAUGUGCUAUGGCUAUGGCAUUGGGAACCAAAGGAUUCAAGAGUUACGUUGUUACAGUUGUUAGUAAAAGGAGUAUUCCUUUUCCCUCUGGGUCAUAGUCUGUCAAGACACAGGAAAGAAAGGGACCUUGGCUAAGAUUCAUGGGACACUGAAUUAAGGACCAUCUUCAUGCCUGAAAAUUUAGUCGAAUCCUGACUGUGGCCUCCAGGGGCAAGUCCUGGAGCUGAAGGGAUAAUAAAACUGGACUGGAAAACAAGGAGUGGGCUGGUCCACAUCGUAUUGGAAUGGCCAUUCCUAUUAUACUGGUCUUUGGUAAUCGAAUAAAUCAACCCAAGGGCCCGAUUUCAUUUGGAUUUCAGAUUGUCCAGGGUGGAGAAUUAGUAAUUUUUAAGAUUCAGUGAAACCCUAAGACAUAAUGAGCUAUUCAAUUCAUCUGAUUUGUGGCCCCUCCACUCUCACCCACUCUAACCCUGACCCUUUUUCUCAGGAUGACAUCUCCCUGGCUGUUUUCUCGGAAGUGCUGUUCAGUCCCAUCCAUACCUUGGUAAUAUACAGGACUCUGAAAUAGUCACACUUGCAGUAAAUGUUUGGAUCCAUGUGGACAUUCGGGAAGCUUAUUCUCACAUAACACUAAUGGAAACGGUACUGGAAAGUACAGUGCCAAGAGCCACGAGGAGGCCCAGCCAGCAAGCAUGGAUACUGUUUGGUGUCAUGGGACCCUUUUGUUUUAUACCUGUGAACUGUGGGAUUACUUGAGAUCUGUUAGGGCUGCCUUACAGGUCAGAAGAUUUGGGGCUCGCUCCAGGGGAUCUUCAGAUUUUGACCCCUAGUAGAGUGAAUUAAUUCUAAAGGUCCCUCUAGGGAUCCGAUUAUUUCAAGAGGAACCCAAGGUCCAGCCUUUUAAAUAGAUACUGCCACAAGAAGAACCCACAUCAUGACCCUAGUUCAGGGUCCUUAGGCAGGCAGUUAUGCCUCAACUGACAGCUGAACCUUUAAAAUAAUCAAACCCCAGGACAGGUGAGCAUAUGUGCUUCACUGCAGGUUGGUGUCUGAAGGCUCCUUUGAGGAAGAAUGGUAAACUGGGUGCCCUGUAGCUAGAAUGUACUGUUUGGGAUAUUGCUGCGCAACAGCUUCUAUGGGAUAGGUGGCACUUGCCGUUGAUGUAUUCUAACCAUGCAGUCUCCCUGAGGACUGACUUCCACACUCAUCCCGUGAAAGGGGCUGCAGUGGUAAUAGAGCCAUGGAAGCCUUCUCGAGGCCACAUUUCCUAUCACUAUAAGGUCCCUGUUUACUAAAAAGGAAAGUGGUUUGUUUUCACUUCAGUUUGAUGAAUGUCUUCUAUUACUAGGUUAUUUUGUUGCCUUCAAAUCUGUGUUUUCUUUCUUUCUUUGAGAGUUUUGUGGAGUUUGUGCCUUAUAAAUGGAAAUGUAUGAACACUACUUAAUAUAUGGCCACUUGGAAUUUUUAUUUUGGAGUUAUAGGGAUAAGAAAGAAAAUAAUUUGUUGCUUUUCAACCAGUGGAUUGAAUUGCUUAUCAAUCAAAAGUACCUUUGAAUCUAUUUUGGCAAAAAAAGAAAGAAAGAAAGAAAAGAAAAGAAAGAGAUUGAACUGAAGCUUUCCUAUAAUUUUUAUAUCAAGAAAGUGUGUCUUACCAGCUACAUAGUUUUCCUUGAUGGAUUUCUCUUAGUCCUCAAAUACCUGAACUUCUGUGCUACCCAAGUGUCUUACACAAGCUUCUGGUGUCUAGGACAAAUUCAUCACAAAUAAAGUUAGCAAAACUGAAUCGGGUUGAACUAAACAAGGCAAUGGGGAAGUUGUGCAAAAUUCUAAAUAGAGGGUCAGUUUAAAAGAGGGAAUAGAAAGUGUUUAAAUAUUUGUUAGUGUGGAUUCAAGUUGAAAGAAAGACGUAAGUCAAGCCCUUGAAUGUAACUGUGGUGGUCAUGGUGGGCAGAGAUCUUUAGGCCAAAUGCAGGCAUUUUUUUAAAAGAGAAAAUAGGAAGUACAGCAGUGGUCUUCAAAUGUGGGCCACAGACCAAUGCCAGCCUGCACACUGUAAAAGGUCUUGAACAAUAUAAUUACAAGAUAGACUAAACAUUUAGGUAUUGCCAUCACAUUUUUAUUUUAAUUUACACAAGUAUUGGUCCCUCAAGUUAUUGGAAAUCUUUUUUUUUUUUUUAAUGUUUCACCAGAGAUAUUUGAGAAGCACUGAGAUAAGGGACUAGUAUCUCAUUAAAAUUACCAGUAUCUCAUUAGCAAUAUAUAAACACAGGAAAUGCAGAUGUUUUUAACCGCUCAGAGUUUUGAACAUUUUCACUAAAAUGAGUGAGUAUAUCAGUAAGAAACAUACCUAGUUUGUUUAAAAGGAAUAAAGUAUUUGAUAAAGAAGAUGAUUCUGUUUCUCCAUCAUACCCCCUCUAACAGUUGACACCUCCUGGAAAUUCUGCUGGUUCUUUCUCUCUCUCUCUCUCUCUCUCUCUCUCUCUCUCUCUCAAUACUUUCAACCUAUUAAAAUGUAAAUACCUCCAAAAAAAUAAACUAGCAGUCAUUUACAUCUUGUUAAUAAAAAUUCUGGUGGAUCUGUAUGAGACCCUACUCAGGGUAGGGAGAGGGUACCGCAAAACACAGCAGAGUGGGGGACACAUUUGCCUGUUUCCUUCUUGCCUAGCACUUCACCUAUAUUUACUAACAAACUAAUGUUAAUACUCUUCAGACGUUAGGGUUUCAUUUCCCACCUUGGCUGAAAGUACCUCAUUCAACAACAAUAUUCUCAACCCUCUAUUGGAAGCUUGAAAUAGUAGGGGCUCAGGCUACGAGAUGAAGGUGAUUCAUUCCUGCCUCCGUUGGUCACCUGUUGGCAAAUUGUACAUUUAAUGCUUAAAACCAUUAGGUUCUUCAGUUGCUGCAUGGUAGUUUCAAGUGAGCCCUCCAGAUGGCGCUCAUGUCUUAUUCAGAAAGGCCCAGCCAUUGUCCCCAAGCCUCAGUCUACUAAUUUUGUUGGUCCUAGUGUGUUGCUUGAUUGCUUGGCGAGGAAAAAAAUGAACUAUUUUCUGUUUAUAUAAAUCUACUUACACGAAUUACCAUUAAACUGGUUUUGUAUAUGGAUUGUUGUACUGUCAACAGCUACCUUGUUUCUUUGACCCAGCCCUUGACAAGGGCUAUUUUGACAAGACCCAUCUUAAAGAUAGGUUUUAUCUAGGCAAUCAUUGCCAGGAGGAUGAGGUCAGGACACUUUAUAUCCACAUAGAAGUAGGAAAGUAUAAAGGCAUAAAAAAAGUCAUACCCAAACUCCCCAAAUCCACAUACACGUACCCCAGAUCCUCACCUAUGAGUAGAUGAAAUUGUCCCCUCCCCCCCAAAUGCUAUGGAGUUGAUUUCUCUGAAGAUUUCAAUCUAAUUGAAUACACACUCCUAGUUUUGUAGAAAAUAGUGUUGAAGAUUUCAAAAUUUUGAAUUGAUGGACUACAUUUUUUGAAAUCUAAAAAUUAUGAAUUAUAAUUAUACCAUCAAAGAUACUAUAAUGUAUGUGUUGUGAAAUGUGGCACCUGUCAACCAAAGGAUUUUGUAGCCUAACUAUUAGAUUUAAAUAGCUGUGGAAAAGGUGAUUCUCCAGGCUACUCUAGCUUCAGCUACAUGACUAUCACAAUAACAAUAGGAAAACAGCAUUUCUCUGGCUUGAGGGUCCACUGGUAGAAUUCUGAUGUUCCUCUUGCCAAACCCUUUUUAUUACCAGCAGGGGCACUCCACAGUUUGCAAAUGCUUCUGUCGUUGCUGUUAAUAGUUUGAUCACUCUUCAGUUAUUGAUUCAUCAAGUGUUUAUGGGUACCUACUGGUGGUAGGCACCAUGUUAGCUCUGGAGAUACCAUAGUGAGAAAAAAAAUAAAAAUAAUAGAAGAAAACAGGCAUAGGGAGAGUUUGCAGUCUGUUGAAUGAGAACAAGCAUCUUCCCACUUGGGGCCACCACAGGGUCCCCCUCUCCAGGUCUUGGUCCCAAUCACAGCCUGAGGGCCACAUGGCCUGCCAAAUCCAUUGGAGGCUGGGGUCUGCUUUGGGGCAGACCCUUUUCAAAAGGCUUGACCUUUAUCCUCCUUCCCUGCAGAGGCUGAAAGCAUCUCUGUCAACAGCAAUGCUGUCACCUUAUAGCCACCUCAACCCUUGUUCCUCCUGCUGCUUCUCCAGCCCUUCUCACUGUCCUCUACAUCCAGACACAGAAAAGUCCUAUACUUCCACAGGCAGUAUAGACUCCCCAGGUAUAUAAAGCCCCAUCUACAGGUAAGGAGAUGUACUUAAUUUGGUAAACUGGAAACAGCAUGCUGAACCCUGGCUGCCUCCUUAAAAACAAACAAACAAAAAACACCUUAUCCCUUAAAUUUGUUUUGGAAAUAAUAUGGAAGGAAAAUCAUUAAAAAGAGAUUUCAUUGAAAUAUUAACUUUGGGAGCAUAUUUAACUAAGUUAAGGGCUUUUUUUUGCCUAAGGUGACCCUCAUAGAAGAGAUAUGCACUAUUUUGUAGGCUCCAGGAGGCCUUGACCAACUCAAAGGCUACAGAAUAUCACCCCAGAUUGUAUGCUUUCCAAAACAUUUUCACAUCCAUGUGAGUUUCUAAAUAAUCGUGAGGUAAGGCCAAAAAGAUCUUGAUUAAACUAGGAAACACUAAAAGAGUAUAGAAUGGCUGGUUCAAAGGCACACGAUUAGUUGUAAUGUUUAAGCUCAAACUUAUUUUUCUUCCAGAUAAAUUCAGGGCUCAGCUAAUCAGAAACAUCAACACCAAAUAUUUGCAGAGUCCUUUACAGUAUGUAAAGCCCUUACACAUAUUGUGUGUGCUUUAACCUAAUCUUAUUUUAACUUUUGACCCUAAAUACCUCCUGACAGCCAGGGUUGUAUCAUUUCUUUUCAGGUGACAGUGACUUCACACCACCUCCUUGGAUGCCAAAUAAAGCAUUCUUUGCACCUCACAAUCUUCUCAGAAGCCCAAAAGUUUCAUUUGGCCACAGGCCCUUGGUGGCCUAGAUUAGAGAGUCAAAUCUCACUCUCCAAGUCAUGGCUUCUUGAAAAUACCUCUGGAUGCUUGGAUGAGAAACUCAUCUAGUAUUAGCAACCUUGCAAGAUUAUGCAAGUCCCACCUCUCAUCUUUUACUGGGAUUGUCUGUUCUUCAAACAAUUGGCUUUCCCAGGGACUUUAGCAGCUAAUAUGGCUUUGAACAUGGGAUUAAAACAAGUUUCUCUGCCUUAUAAGGGGGUUAUGCAGACUAAGUAGAAAGUCCCCCAAAAGUCAUUGGUUAUUUCUCAUAUUCAAGUAAUAUAUGCUAUUAAAGUCAAUGCAGGAAAAUAGAGAAAACAGGUAAUCCACAGACCCAUCACUAAAUAUCUUCAGGGGAAAAAUAAGGCUAUGUCAAAAUAUUGUCAAUGAUAGGCAAAUUAGCAGUGUCGUAUAAAACUUCCUGAAAAACCAGAUACUGGGAACUAGAAAUUUUAAGUAACCUAAUACUUUCAUUCUAUAAAAUACAAAAGCAUCCGUCUUUGGCUGUUUAUAGAAAUACCAAGAUGGUUACAUUACACUCCCUUCUGAAAUUACAUUAUGUAGGCAAUUUGAUGAUGCAGUGGCUGAGAUAGCGGCUCACAAAACAGAGCCAAUGAUACAUUAUCUCGUGUUAAAGGAAUUCUUUGAAAUGCAUCUCAGCUUUCUGAGUACUCUCCUAGAAAGACCUUCAGUGGAGGCAAGGCCCAGCCUGUUGGACGGGUAUGUGGAUUCACUGAAAGUCACUCCAGAAGCCCUGAACACAACUAGGAGCCAGUUCCUGUUCUAAGUACCAGGGAUACAACAAUGGACAAAACAGACAAAACACACACAAAUCCCUGCCCUUAGGCAUUUACAUUGGGGGGCUGGUAGAGGGGGUGGCAAGACAGACAAUGAACCAAAUAAAUGGUACAGCAUUCGGAUAUUAUUAUAGAAGGUGAUGGUGCCAAGGAGAAAUACAGAGCAAGGAAGAAGGACAGGCCAAAGGGGUGGAGUGAGUUUGCACUUUUAAACAGAAUCAGGGAAGAAGACUACAGGGAAAAGUGACAGAGCUAGCUCUGUUUCUCCCCCAGGCAGAGGGAAGAAGUGCAAAGGGCUUGGGGCCAGCAAGAACAAAGGGAGGACAGAAGAGAUGAGGACAGAUUGUGAGAGCCUCAGAUUGUGAGCACUUUGGCAUUUACUGUGACCUUAGGAGGAGGUAUGCUGGAGAAUAAUUUGGCCCAAGAAAAUUCAGGAUAGCUGUUUAUCAAUAUGGACUAAUUAUUCACUGCAUAUUUAUUACCUUUCCUUUAGAGAACAGAGCAAAUGCUGCUCCCUGCCGUCUAUAUAAAACCAAGUUAUUCUCUCUGUGGGCCUGGCCUUGGGCUCUGUGUUCCUAUGGACACACACUCAUGCUCUCCAGGUUUUUUCCAGAUUCUUCUCAGAGAGCAUUUCCUAAAUGCCUGGAAUGCUGACCUCCACUUCCUCCUAGAUAGGCGGGAAUGUUUCCUUGACACUGGUUUGUACUCUGGGUAAUCCUCUGGGCAGAAAUGCAAUGAAACAUCCAGGGCAGAGCCUGGAAAUGGGAAUAAAAAUAAUAUUAACAGUUUAUAUUAUGUAGUUCUCACUCCUUGCCAAGUCCUUUGCAGAGCUGUUUUCUCAGAUUCUUUCUGGUUAACCCUCAUACAACUCUAUGAGGCAGGUACUGUUAUUGCCCCAAUUUUACCAAGGAGGAAACUGUAAAUUUGCCCAAGACUACCUGGUUGGUAAGUCAUGGACUAUCACAAAAACUCAGGCCUUUGAAUCCAGAGUUCGUAUUCUAAAGCACCAAAAUUAAAUGAAUAGAAGGUCUUUCGGUCUACCUUCCCCAUUGCUAAUUGUGUGAACUGUAAGUGUAGAAUCCAGAGGGACAUGGAAUGUGAAUUUUUAUUUUUCCCUGAUAAAUGAAAUAAACCUAAA